CGCCGGUUCCCAUGCACGUUUGCUGGCUGCACAAAGCUGUUCAAGCGCCAGGAGCACCUGAAGCGGCACUUCCGCACCCACACUGGCGAGCGGCCGUACAAGUGUCCGGCCCCCGACUGCGGCAAGGUAUUUGCCCGCAUGGACAACCUCAACCAGCACGUCCGCACCCAU